UUUUAUGACGUUGUCAUCGCUGGCUUCAAUGGCUUCGCCUGUUUUGACACAUGGCGGCAUUUGUGGAUAUGUUGCGUUGUGUUAUUAUAUUACAGAUAUACAGGGGAUAUUACAGAGUGCUGUGUCAGUAGUUGUUUUUAUGACCGGUUUCUUUGAUCAUGGCUGCAUCGUGGACAGCGCCGCAGGGGCAAGUGGGUGAUUUGAGCAGCAAGAGUAAAGAUGAGCUCCUUGAGAUACUGUCACGACAACAAAAGUUACUUUCUAAUAAGAGAUUCAUUCGGAGCCUCCCAGAUAAAGGAAAGAAGAUUGCUGACUUUGUGGAGAAAGUCAACCUUGCUCUCGGACAUCUGGAUGAACAGGAGAGAAAACAAGCUAGUUUAAUCUCCGCCCGGGCAGAGUUUCAGGCUAAAUAUCAGCAAGCCCUUUCUAAGCGAAGUACAGAUAAGAAUUUAGACUCUGAUUUGCACACCCCGUCCCAUGUCGAAAAUAAAGCUUAUGAUGCACAUAACAUACAGGAAAAUAGUUUGUUUGACCAUAAUGAGUCUUCGACAUCCCAGCCACAGGCUGCUGCUGAAACACUUGUAACAGCAAGUGAAAAUGACAAACUGCAGAUGAAGGACACAGAGCUUGUGGAGGCAUUUGGACGAUUUUCACUUUCCCAAAGUAAAAAUGGCCCAAAAGAAGACAUCGUUAAAAACCCUAGUCUGGGUUCUCGACAAAUGAAAAAGUCACAUUAUGUAGAAGUCCUAGAGAAAAGUGGAAAUUUAAGGAAGGCCAGAUUCAAACCAAACCAAUUAGCAGUUAAAUCUGAGUCCUCAUCACCUAGUCACAGCUCUGGUAGCACCACACCACUUACUGCAGAGGCCAGAAGACUGCAAGACAGAAAGCACCUGGAUGACAUCACUGCAGCUAAACUUCCACCCCUGCACCACACUCCUGCCCAGCUACUGUCUUUAGAGGAGUCAGCUGCCCUUCAGCAAGAUCAGACCAGAAAAUAUCAGGAGUUGCACGCCAAGCAAGCUGCCCAGAAGCUGGCAGAUGGUCUAAGUAUCAGGAUGGAGAGUUUCAACCCAGAAAGAGACCCACUGGCAGCCUACAGAGAGGUGCAUGAUGAUGGGGCCCAGCUUUCCUCUGAGGAGGACUAAAUUGUGGGGCCCUACAGGGAGGGCACUGGCUUAGUGAUAAGUUUGGCCCCUUGCCCUGGACCAGCUCUAGGCCAAGAGCCCAUGCUUCAGGACCCUGGAGAGAGGCUUUCAGUUUGGGGACAAGAGAUGGGCUCUUCAUGAACUGCACUGACAAUGUCUUCAGAUAGAGAGCAGCUUUUGCCAAUGAAGUUAAAAAACAUCAGGUUGAAUCAAGUGUUGGGUGAUUGUGUCCAUGGAAAAUCUCUCAGCUGUUAUAGAUUGUCUUGGCAAACUGAUGGGAAAAAUCUCUGUUUAGACUUAAGAAAUACCACACCUUGAUUGUCUAGAAUAAUUUAAUUGUGAGCUUUUAUGAGCCAUGCCUUCAAGGGUGUGGUUUAUUGAUAAUAUUAUAAUAUUUUUGUAUGACCUUCCUUAAUGUUUAUUCAAAACAGGCAUUUGAUAUAACUUAAACUUUUGACUGACUUUCUGAAUUGAAUAACGGAAACCACGGUUUUAUAAACUAAAGGUGGAAGCACUUAACGCUCUUUUUUUGUUUGUCUGCAGCAUUGUUUUGUUAACCGCUUCACUGGUUUGAUUGAAACAACGAGCAAGUCGUCGUUUGAAGGCAGGGAUGUUAUCAGUGUUGAAAUCUGUGACAUGCUUCAGAUGAUUAAUAUAUGUAAUGUAAAAUAUUGAGGCUUGAAGGAAUUAGACCAAUUGGUGGAGUACAUCUGGACUGCAUUUAGAUCGUGUUACUGCUUUAUGUGGCAGUGCAUACUGGGAUGACAGAGAGACAGAUAGAUGUGAUGUAUGGUAAAUAAAAUUUCAAAAACAUUGAUACAGAUAAGAGGUGAAACCAUUCAUAGCAUUUGCAAUUUGGUAUUUCUAUUCUCAUGAUAGACUAAAUAUUUUAAUCAGGAAUCUUGAUACAAAGAGAAAAGAAAGAAGUUUCAUGAGGGUAUGGGUGGAGGGAAAGAGAGGAAAUUCAAAUCUGUGCUGUUCUGAGGUUGAUGACCUGUGAUAACCUCUGGUAAUUGCUUUUGCUCGUUGAUGGGAACCGCUGCCUCGAACAGAAAAAACACAAACCUCACACAUCUGGUAGGUUAGUGUUUAGACACUGCGUGUGACGAACUCCAGAGUGUCUUACCCAGACGUCCAAUGAUAAAUAUGUCAGACUUGUCCAGAAAGGAUCUCUUCUGUACUGGUAUUAAUUAAAUCUACCUUACUUGCAGAAGAAAAGAGACUGCUAUCAAUUACACACUGGAUUUUUGUACUGAGCAGUGUCUGGACCUGAACAUAAAGUCAUGAGUACGUAGAUAUGCCUGACUUGGAAUUAAGGCAUCACUUUGUA